GCACUAAAAGUAAACAAUCACAAUACAAAACGUAAAGGAAAUAUAUGGUUGUUAUUAUAUUAUUUGAAGGCGAGUUUUAAGUGGUCUUCUCGGUAGUUGGUGGUUAGGCAUCAUUGUGUAAAUAAACAUUGCCAGUCAUGCUAGGUAUGAUGUUAAAUGUUAAAGACUAUAUUGAAUAAUAGUUUAUAAUACAGUGAACCCUUGUUUGGGGGUACUUAAAACUAUAUUACUGCUGUUAAUUGAACCGCUCUAUCGAUCUAUUACAUUUUUAUGGUCGAAAAUACUAGCUCUUUUUAUACAACGAACUACUUGUUCUAUUAAUAAUAGAGCGAAAAGGUCUAGCGACUAUUUCCACGUUCAUGUGACUUUUUGGGCCUGGUCUAAAACCUUACACCUUUCGGUUUCAACCAGAGUAAGUGCCCAGCUCCAACUCUACUACAGUCUGAAAAUGAUAACACUGCCGCCGGAAAACAUGAAGAGUCCUUAAUCCAUUGGAAAGAAAUCCUUAGUGACAUAUAACCAACAUGCUGAAACAUACCUGGAGUCACUCCAAGCCAACCGUCAUUCACAACAGCCGUACUAAAUAGAUGUUCAAUAUAUUAUACAAUGAUAAGGAGAAAAACUUUCUACCGCACGAUUUUGAAUCGACGUUUGCAUCUUGCAGUUGAGGCAGGUUCGACUGGCUUAUUUCAACAUAUCAUUACAUAUCCAACCAGUCUGACCACAGAGCUCUUUGAACUAAACCUUCGGUGGAUACCAAAGCUAGGGACUUGGAAUGGGCUGUUUUAGCUAACGAUGUGAAGGAUAUAAACUUCUGGGUGUUAAAAUACGAAAGUGACUUAUAAAAAACAGUUAUUACCUAUAUGUUUUCCUCGCAGGGAUUAGCUUUCAUUUCCUUUCUUUUAAUUUCCAUCUAUCCUCCCAGUAACACGACUGUCAGCGAUCACUUGUAGAUACUUCUUUCAGCUAAAUGGAGUAUUUCAACUGUUUGGCGCUUCUUCGAAUGGUUAGUGUUUUAUGAGAUGUUUUUCGUUUAUUCAUUUAAAAAGAAUACUUCAGGCGUGGUCAAUGCUAUAGGAAUACCGAUUGUUAUAUGACUAUAGAAAAACCUUAUUCAAUAAUAUUAUAUUUUGACUCUACCCGGAAGCGAAUUUAUGACCACCGAAUAAUUUUCACGAAUGCAUUCAACAGCUGGUACAAACUUAUCUUUCCUGUCUUGAAACAAACAUACAUACGAACAGUUCCAUCUAAUCCAAAACCUACAGUCUUACCAUUCCAAAGACGUCGCCUAUUAGGACUCAACUGUUCACACUAAGUGCAUUCAACUGUAAUUCUCCACAGAGCAGUCGUUACACUUAAGAACCGAUGACGAUUUUUACGUGAACUUACUCUUAUUAAGGAAAAGUUGCAAACCUUUGCUUUGCAAUUGAAGUGCAAUGUUCAUCGACAGGAUAACCGCUUGUUGACCCAUCAAACAAGUAUAUGAACGUAUGCAAAUUUGCCUUAUAAGAGGUGGCACGCGGCAAUGAUUGACAAAACUAAAAUAGUAAAAAGUAUACACAUGUCUCUUGACAAUAACCUAUAAUAAAAGCUAUGUAAUUGGAAGGACGCAUACAACAUGUGCAUACAUAUGCGGGUAUUGAGGAGUUCAACGGAAAUUCGAGUAAGAAUUUCAAUUGAGCGCGGCUAUAAAAACCAAUUGCAAUUUAGUGCAGGAUUUCAGUUGAUUUUUAGCGCGCAGGUUUUAAGCAUGACAGAUCUACGUAGCGUUGAUGAUGCGGUAGAGUCUACGAAAUCCACAAUCUCUCAUUUGUAUAAUGGCAACGACUCAACUCUACAAGUAGUCUCAACUAAUAUAACACACAAUAUCUGUCAGGUAUGUGGUGAUCAGAGUUCCGGUAAGCAUUAUGGAAUACUUUGCUGCGAUGGCUGUUCCUGUUUCUUCAAGCGUAGUGUACGCAAAGGUACUCUGUAUACGUGCAUCGCCGCAAAAGGCAAUUGUAUUGUUGAUAAGACACGCCGCAAUUGGUGUCCAUAUUGUCGUUUGCAACGUUGCCUGGCGGUGGGCAUGAACGUAACCGCCGUACAAGAGGAGCGCGGACCGCGCAACCAAGCAGCUACAGGCAAACAUGGUGCAACAAGCUCGAAAAGUUUAACCUUAGCGCGCUGUGAUUAUACGCACCAUACGUAUCGUCCCCAUUAUGCAACGCAGCAGCAGAAGCCACACACUGCGACGCUCACUGUCGGCAAUGCGGUGAAUUUCCAAAUACUUGCACAAAUCCUUGUGACUUGUCUGCGUCAAGCUAAAUGCAAUGAACAAUUUCGUACACUAACACCCACGCAGCAGGAGGCUAUUUUGAAUGUUGUGUGGAAUGAGUGCUUUGUGUUGCGCGCCUCACAUUGGUCGCUGGACAUAACGGCUAUGAUUGAUGCCUGCGGUGAUCCGCAAUUGCGGCGUGUCAUCGCUGAAGCGAAGCAGCUGCGCGCCGAUGUGAUGGAAUUGAAUUUCCUUGAAACCUUAAUACUUUGCCGCAAAGAAUUGGCUCUAAGCGCGGAGAAUGCAAUGUUGCUAGAGAGUUAUGCAAAUGGCACUUUGGUUUCACUUGCCCGUUAUACCAUGCAACAAUCGAAUUGGUUGCGUUUUGGCACGCUGCUGCUGGGUUUGAGGCAAUUAACCCAACGCUGCUACGAUAGUCUACUUUCAUCGCUUUUCCGCACAGUUGUCAGAGAUAUAGUAAAGAGCUUGUGAGUUGAGUAAUAUUGUGAUUUCCAUAUUGUUUAGAGAAUUCGGAUUUAGUAAACAAAAAGUUCCUCUCUUUGUCAUGAAAAUAUUAUAUAUUAUUAAGACUUAUGAUGUAAUGUAAUAAAAAAACAAAUAAAAAAGUUAUCUUUUAA